CCAAAAUGGAUAAGCCCAUAUUGAACCAUAAAUAAUUUUUGUCCAAAUGGGUGAACCCAACUACAUCUAUGGUCAAAUUUGGGCUCAACCAGUUGGACAAUGGGCAGCCCAAUAGGAUUAAAUGUCUAGGGUUUGGGAAUUGGGGAAACACGAUCUUUUUUUUUUCUCAGACUCGUGAAAGACAAAGAGAGAGCUCUUCUGCGAUUCUUCUUCCUCGUCUUCUUCGAUUCUUCUUUCUCAUCUUCGAUUCCUCUUCCUUGUGUUCGAUUCAUCUUCCUCUUCUUUGUUCUUCUUCGGGUUCUCCUUCGAAUCUUCGAUUCUCCUUCGAUGGCCAGAAACAAGCUUUUGUGGUUGUGGGUCGAGUCAGCACUGGCACAGAAGCAAAACUAAAGGUGCUUUACGGGUCUGGAGCUAGGAAGUUUGCGAGAAGCUGUUGCAGCUCUUGGUUGACCUCUCACGAAGGAUAAGAUGAGCACCGAAUUGUGGGUGCAUGGUGAUGACUGUGUAAGGAGCAUGAACAUAGGAAGGAGAAAGCUCAAAGGAGAAUUUCUUUAGAAUCAAAGCCAGAGCCAUCUUUAUCUCCAUCAGAGCAAAAUUCUGGCCAAUGCAGAUCCUUGGCCCCCACGCAAAGGGAAAGAAAGAGACUUGUCCCUUUGUUGCUUUUGAGACACCGUCUUUGAACCUCUCUGGCUUGAACUCGGCUGCAUCGUUGCCCCAUAGCUGUGUGUCGCGAUGGACUAGCAGAAUAGGUAGAUUGAUCUGAACGCCUCCUGGUAGUGUCAAGUCGCCUAGCUUCAUCUCUUUGUGAAUGGCUCGGGUCAGCUGCACUGCUGGAGGAUAUAGCCUCAGGACCUCAUAAAGAAUCAUCGUCAUCUGUUGAAAGCAUUCAGAAAAAUCAUCAUAACACAACAAACGUACUGAAGUCACUUGAAAUUUUUUUUACUUACAACUUUAAGCUGGUUCAAGCCUUCUGUAGCGGGUUCUUUAUCGCCGAAAACUUGCUUCACUUCUUCCCGUGCGCGAGCUUGCCAGUCUUGGUGUUGGCUUAACAUAAUCAUUAUCCAGACCAGAAGUACUGAAGUUGUCUCUUGUCCGGCGAAAUAGAACAACUUACACUCCUCCAUUACAUCUUCAAUGCUCAUUUCAUUUCCUUUAGCUUGCCCUGAAUUUGAUUCAAGAAGUAUACCUAGCAAAUCGUCGCUUGGUGCUUCUCCAGCUUCUCUAGCCCUUAACCUUUUGUUAAUGAUCCCUCUCAGUAUAACUUGGAUUUCUCUGGAUCCUGCUUUAAUCCUUCUAUUGUCCUUUGUUGGGAGAUAACUACGCAAAAAAAAAGAAAGAGAGUUUUUGACACAUAACUCCCAUCUCCAAUGUAUAAAGCAGAUAAGUUGAGUUUAUUUUUAUUACAUAUA